UGCGCAAUAGUGGAUUUCAAGCACCCAUGAACCACGGCGCGUAAUAGCAGAUGAGAGCAUCACAUGUAUUUAAUGUAUAUUUUGUAGCUGAAUAGUUUGUAUUUUAUAUUUUCUUUGCAUCAGAAACAUUAUUACCAGAUGGAGGAAGUAGACGUUGAGCCGGUAGUUACUAAUAUUUCUGGAAUCAGACCUGGGAAGCGUAUGGGAUUUGCAUGGGGUCCUGGUGAUAUACUUGUGUAUGAGACACAAAACAAAGCAUCAGGACCUACAGGGUCAGGUUGUGCCUUCAUCCACGUGGUGCGGAAAGACGAGGACAUCUAUUCCCCCAUCUUAAGAAAACUUUUUAACGAGUCGCAUCACAUCUUUGUUGGACUGCAGACAAUCAAAGAUGAUCUCCCAAGCAAGAGCAAAAAACCACAGUUUGUAAGCAUCAGCAGAAACUACAGGUCUGUGAUUCGAGCCUGUAUGGAAGAGCUUCAGCAAGCUGCAGUUUCUGCAAAUGACACAGAUAUGGCCACACAGUACGGAAAUCAGGUGUCCAUCCUGUUGGCCAUAGAACUGAUCUGGAAUCUGUGUGAAGUGCUUUUCAUUGAUGCUGCUCCAGCUGGUUCCCUCCUACUACACCUUCUGGACUGGGUGAGGUUACAUAAAUCCGAUGUGGAUGAGAAGGCGAAGGGGGUGCUGCAGAGUGACAGCCCUGCUGAGCAUCGUGACUACUGGGAUGUGGUUUUAAGUUAUGUGCUACAGGGAAGGUUGGAAGACACUAGGAAGAUGCUGAUGAAACAGGCGAUGCUGCAACCUGCUGCCAAGAGCAUGUACAAGCUGAUGGAUAGCCUGCUAAGCAAGAUGCCCUUCUAUAAUCCUGGCGGCACUCAGACACUAACAGAGUUUGAUGUGAAGUGGAGGAACUGGCACGAGGAGGUGGACCGCUACCUGAAGGAUAACUCAUUUGCAAGCAACCCACACCUGGAGGUCAUCUGCAAAAUCCUACUGGGGGAUGAAGACGUGUUGUUGGAGCACAAGGAACUUCUCAGCACCUGGUACUACUUCCUCAUCACCAGACUCCUCUACUGCCAUCCCACAGUGAAGCCCACAGAGUUGCAUUACUACGCUCAGUCGUCUAUGAUGAUGUUUCUGGAUUCGGGCGUGCCGGAGCCGUUGGACAGCAUCCUGCUGGCUGCCUUUGAGUUUGACAUUCAUCAGGUCAUCAAGGACUGCAGUAUUGCUCUCAACAACUGGUGGUUUGUGGCUCAUUUAACAGACCUGUUGGAUCACUGCAAACUUCUCCAGUCUCAUAAUCUCCAUUUUGGAUCCAACUUGAGAGAGUUCCUGCUGUUAGAAUACGCCUCUGGUCUGUUCACGCAUCACAGUCUCUGGCAGUGUGCCGUGGAUUAUUUCGAUCACUGCCCAGAAUUUGGCCGCGUCUAUCUGGAGCUGCAGAUCGAGCGAGUUCCUUUGGACACGGAGCGCAAAGCGCUCAAAGUGCUCCGAAUUUGUGAGGAGAGGCAGAUGUCAGAGCAGGUGCGGAGCAUCUGUAAGAUCAUGGCCAUGCGGGCUGUAAGGAACAACCGACUGGGCUCUGCUCUCUCCUGGAGCAUCCGAGCCAAAGAUGCUGCGUUUGCCACCCUGAUUUCAGAGAGGUUCCUGCAGGAUUACUGCGCCAAAGGCACCUUCUCUGAUCUGGAUCUGAUCGACAACCUGGGCUCAACCAUGCUGCUCAGCGACAGGCUAACCUUCCUUGGAAAAUACCGUGAGUUCCACAAGCUAUACGGAGAGAAGUGCUUCAGCGAUGCUGCAAAGCUGCUACUCUCCCUCAUGACGGCUAAAAUCGCUCCCCAAAGCUUCUGGAUGACGCUGCUGACGGAUGCUCUGCCUCUGCUGGAGCAGAAAGAGGUGAUCUUCUCUGCAGAGCAAACCUAUGAGUUGAUGUACUGCUUAGAGGAGCUCACCUCCUCUCUGAUCACUGCUGCUUCUGGAUCAGGCAGACCCAUGCAGGAGGAAGACGUAGAGGUGACCAAGGUGGAGAUGCUGAGACUCGCCCUGGCCAGAAAUCUGGCUUCAGCUAUUGUGAAAGAAGGAACAAUGCAGACAUAAAGUAGAUUCAGAUUUAAAAACAAGCUCUUCUUUUGCAUUUUUGUACUGUUAAUAAGAUCAAGUCAUCAAAUGUUUGUUUUUUGAUAAUAAAUAUCUCUUCAUUCCGUUCA